ACUCAGCCCCUCCCACAGACCAUCCUGCUCGACUCGCUGCCGGUCGGAGACGAGGGCGACGCGUUGCGCCCGCACCUGUGGAAGCUCCUCCUGCAGCUCCACGUCGUGCCAGACGGCGAGCUGCACCCUCUCCUUGAUGCCCAAGCCUACCUCGAUCUCGUCUCGCGCGAUCCUUCGCCCAUGUACAGCAAGGUCCGCAACGACACGUUCCGCACCCUAGCCACCGACCAAGAGUUCCUCGACAAGGUCGGCGAGGAGCGCCUCGUGCGCUGCCUCGAGGCCUUCGUCUGGCGCCAGCAGGUCCACGCCGACCAGGGCAUCCCGUCGUCCAUCGACCCGCAAGUGCCCUACGUUCAGGGCCUCAACGUCCUCGCCGCCCCGUUCCUCUACGUCCUCCCGUCGCAGCUCGAGGCGUUCGCGUGCUUCACCACCUUUGUCGAGCGCCAGGUCCCGCGCUACGUUCAGCCCACCCUCGUCGGCGUUCACGAUGCCCUUCAUCUCGUCGACCUCUGCCUCGCCUCGAUCGACCCACCACUCUACGCCCACCUCGUCGCGUCCAACCUGACGGCCGAGAUCUACGCCUUCCCCUCGAUCCUCACCUUCUGCGCCGCGACGCCUCCUCUGCGCGAGGUACUCGAGCUGUGGGACUUUCUCCUCGCGUGGGGACCGGGCCUCAACGUCCUGUGCGUCGUCGCGCAGCUCGUCGCGAUGCGGGAGGCACUGCUGGCGGAGAAAUCGCCCAUGAAGCUCCUGCGCACGUUCCCGCCCCUGCGCUCGCGCGAGAUCAUCCCCCUCGUCGUCCAGUUCAUCGGCGUCCUCCCGGCCGACCUGUACGACGCCAUCGUCCGUCAUCCGUGGGACGACACGCUGCGCCUGCCUGGGAGGUGA